CUGGAAUAUUUUCCUUGUAUUCACCCUCAUGUUCGCUCUUCUUUCGCGGCCCAUUGCGCGACGUUCCGUCGGAUAUGCCGCACGAUGUAUAUCCCAGAUACCCCCAGCGCCCCCGAAGCCUCCACAGAAAGAUGUACAAGAGCAGCCUCAGCCGACUUCCAGCUCAUUCCCCAGCCUUGAUAUUUUGCCAACAGAAGAACAGGAAGAACCUCGGCGGACCGGUGCACGGUGCAGGGACUCAGUGACAUCUGCAGAGGCUCAGCGGAAACAGGUGGGAAGGAUCUCAGCAGUUCUUUUGGCGGUACUGUUCGGAUUUAAUGUCGCGUACAUGUCGAGAGACUGGAGCGAGGAUGAAUUGAAAGACAAAAGAUUGACUUCUGAAAAUGCUCCUUCGACACGAUGGGGAAGAACGAAGGCGCGGUUCAAGUAUAUGCUGGGGUACUUCAGUGAACCUGCAUGGCCCGAACUUUUACCUCCCCCAUAUCCAGCCCCGCACCAAAAACCGUAUACACUAAUAGUAUCCAUCGACGACCUAUUAGUUACUUCGAUAUGGGACCGUCAACAUGGAUGGCGAACCGCAAAACGACCGGGUGUGGACUAUUUCCUUGCUUACAUCUCGCAAUUUUAUGAGGUGGUAAUAUUUACUACUCAACAUCUUUAUACGGCCGCACCCAUACUCGAUAAACUUGACAAGUAUGGAUUUUUCAUAUCCCACCGUCUCCACCGAGAAGCCACCAGGUCAUUGAACGGGCAUGUCGUGAAGGACUUAUCAUAUCUUAAUCGCGAUUUAUCAAAAGUUGUCGUUCUCGAUACAAACCCAGAGCAUGUCUCCACCCAUCCAGAAAACGCAAUAAUACUACCGAAAUGGGACGGAAGCCAAACCGAUCGAGGACUAGUAGCUAUGGUCCCCUUCCUAGAAUCGAUAGCCAUCUACAAACCCGCUGACGUCCGUCCCAUCAUAACCGCGUACCAGGGGAAGAAUAUCCCACUGGAAUACGCCAAGAAGGAGGCAGAGGGAAAGCAGAGGCACAUCGAGGAAUGGAAGAAGAAGAAGCAAGGCUCCCCGAAUCCUUUUGCCGCUAUGUUUGGCCUGGGCAGCCAGACUGAGCCCAUACCGUUGACCUACCUCGAGCAGAAGAGGAAGGAGGCCCAGCGCAACUACCUUGAGGAGCAGGCGUACAUAGAGAAAAACCGAGAACAGCUCGACAAAUUGCUGGAGCAGGAUCGGCAGAUGAUGGCGGAUCAAGUGCCCAGCAAUCUAUGGGACGCUAUCGACCAAAUGAAGGGCGGGCCUCCGAAGGGUAAAGAAGAGAAAGGUAAGGAAGGCCAGUCUUCUGCCCCCCCUGCGAAGUAAAGGACGUCUAUUGCAUUUACAUUACGCGUACCCAUCUCAAUACAUUAGAUUUUUCAUGAAACCGUAGGCGUUGCGCAAAGCGGAAGAGUAAAAUCAACAACUGUUAACACAG